UAUGAUCACACCGUUGCGAAUCCAAUGGGAAGUCACAAAACGUGGCACCACCCUCUGUGUCGCGGAAUGUUCCAACGACCCUGAGUGUAACAGCGUGUUCUACAACAAGGUCACCAAGAAAUGUCAAGGUCAUUCCGUGACAUUUGGUCUCCUUGACAACCACAUGACUGGUCAGUCUGAUACAAGAUACUACGUUCCAUUUAGAGGGCACGGUUACAUCCUGGACGCGUGCACGGUUGAUGCGGACUGCACAAUCCCCAACUCUACGUGCUGGGAUUCGCGCCAGUGUAUGUGCAAACCCGGGUACAGUUUCUCUCCUUCCAGUCGCCAGUGCGUCUACCCGUGUUCACAGUUUGGUCCCCUGUUUAUGACGUACGCAGACAGCUUCGUGCACGCCAACAACUUGGAGACGAUCAACAACAUUCCCCUGGAGGACUGCUUCAACCUCUGCCGCAACAAGAUCUCCUUCACGUGUCGCGCCGUGGAAUACAUGGGCAACAAUUGUAUCCUUAGCAACGUGACCGCCAAAGACACAGGGACGACAUUCGCCAGAGAUACGCUUAGAGAGUACAAUGUGUCAUAUCACCAGAGAGACUGCGCGUGAAUGGAGAGGCAUAGAGGGUUUCUUUAAGUAUGGAUUGGUUAUUCAUACUGUAUUACAUUGUAUUGUAAGCGACGUGUUUCGGACUUUAUUUGGAGACGAGAUCAGAAAAAUAUAUGAAAUUUAUUAAAAAUUGCGUAUUAGAAUAUAUACAAUCAAAUUAUCGGCGCAAUAAAACUGUUUUUUUUUCUUGUAUUUUUUUUAAAGAAGCAAGGUUUCCCAUAGGGUAUUAUUUUGUAAGAACACGAAUCGUGAUCAGUACUCAAAUUCUAUAUUAAGAACACAAAACUAUUUAUAUAAAACGCACUGCUAAACACGAAUCCUUUCUUUGUUUAAGUAUUGAAAUCGAUUUAAAAUCAACUCGAUCCCGACACGUCGCCAAAAUUGAGCAGAAUAUGUACGCGACAGAGAAGGAAAUAUUAUUAUAAGAACACGAAUCGUGAUCAGUCCUAAAAUUCUAUAUUAAGAACACAAAACUGUCUCUAUUAAACGCACUGCUAAACACGAAUCCUCUCUUUGUUUAAGUAUUGAAAUCUAUUUAAAGUCAACUCGAACCCCACACGUCGCCAAAAUUGAGCAGAAUAUGUACGCGAUAGAAAAGGAAAUAUUAUUAUAUAUGUAUAUGUUGACGUCUUAGUUAACGAAUUUUAUUUUCCAUAAGUGUUUUUUUAUGUUAACGAGUAUUUUAUUUGGUACGCGCAUUACAUAAUGGAAUAUUUAUUUAUUUGUCACAAAUGCCUUUGAACGAUUAUUCAUAGUGUAAUCGAAAUCUUUUGACAAAACAUACUUAGUUAAACGAGUGGAUAUUGUACAUUUAUUUAUCUGAACUAAGUUUGUUUUACGCAAUUUCUAAUUUACCUUGCAAUUAAAAGGUAUACAUAUAGUCAAUAUUUCUUAGUUUUACCAAGAAAUGUGUCCGUAUGAGAUGUUUGUUUGUUUUUGUUUGUCUGCUUAUUUGGAUUUUCUUAGUUUUUAAGAUAAUUUGUCGUAUUACGAUGUUCCGUGAACCUACUCGCACUUGAUUUUGUAAGCUGGUUUAUUCGCA